AUGGCUCUCAAGGCCUCGUUGGCUUCCGAAAACACAGAAACAGAGAACUACUUGAAUGUGAGGAUAGCUCGUCAUGGUAAAGCCAGAUUCUCACUCGAUUUCGCCAAGUUCUCCGGAACCACUCACUGGAUCGAAAUCUCAUCGCUGGACGGUGUUCUUGAGCGUUACUGCCUGAAGUUAGACUCUAGGGAGAUAUUGCAGGUUUUAAAGAUGUUGAGCUUAGCAUCCGCCAUUAUGUCCAUGAAUGAUACACAUGCAAGCGGCUUUGACAUCCCCCCGAGCGCCAUCGCACCUGAUUCAGAUCCUUUUACCCUUAUAUCGGCCAACAUAAUUCAUCAGUUUACCCGACCCUUGUCCAAAACGACAAUGGCCCUCCUAGCAAUUUUCCUUACCUUCCAUUCGCUGAUUGCUGUGUUCAGUCUGAUCAUCUUGGUAUUGCCGUACACUGGCCGGACGAAGCGCUCUCAAUGGUUUUUCAAGAUGUCAUACAUUCCAAAUAGACGCGGAGAAAAAAGAUCUUCCAGCACCAUGGCAUUCAUUUGCCUCCAAAUAAAUCCCAGCCGAUCGUUGAAUUACGCUUUACACGCUCAGCCUCUGAUUGCCUUAGGUUUGAUGUACCUGUUUGAAAAUCUCGCAUGUUGGAUCAUGGCGCAUUGCUUUUUGACACUCUCUUACAGCGCCCUUGAAUCUUCUGGAAGGAACUCAAAGAGCCUAGCCAAUUGGGCUCCAUCACCACCCUUGGUGAAUGUGGUUUUUGUUUUCCUUCCGAUUUGUAUUGCCGCUGGGAUCACAGGUGUAAUCGUACGCGGUGCUGCAGGUUAUGAAAUCAUCCUAGGACAGACAAGAAAGGCACUCGAUACUCUGAGCCAAGGCACUUCAAUGUGGAAACAGCUGCAAGAUCCAUUCCAAUCUAAGGACCAAAAAGAAAUUCUUCUGUCCGACCUUGCGCAAAUUCAAGAGAAGUUAAAGAAACUGGUCGAAGAAUCAGAGACCAAUCUGAAGAGCGCGAUUCGUUAUCAUUACUGGAGUCACGUCUUAUACUUAGUUUUCAUCUGCAUAACCUGCCUGGUUUUCAUAUUUUCAUUCUGGAAGUUGACUCAGAAGUUCCUACUUCAGGGGCGGAAUUCAAUCUUCUUGCCAAACGAUUCUCUCCCAUGUGAUGGCUCGCCAGAUGUCACCAACUCCCAAAAAGAAGCGAAAGCGCAAUUUAACAUCACCCGUCGGAUUUACUUGGGUACUCUGCGGACGGAUCGCCAACUGUUUGGUUUCACAGUCAGGGCUUAUGCGACAGUUUUUUCGAUGAUAACCAUGAUGGUCUUUUAUUUCAUGAGCAUUUUUAGAACUUCCGACAUGAUGAUAAACCCCACUUGGCAUGGAGUGGCAACGUGGAUGCCAACUGUUAGUGGAUCCUGGUCCGCUGUUCCAGUUGCCUGGCAAUGUUGGCGGCUGUAUAUGGAGUAGCAGUGUGUAAAUGCUGGGGAUUACCUUAACCUUGGAGGAGCUCUUGUCCAUGGAGAUUUUGGUGACUGAGUUAGUGACAACAAAGUCUUGAUUGGUAUUGGAGAAGGACAAAUACCAAUAAUAACUUCAGAUUCUGCUAAGGAACAACGGAAUUUUAAUUCGUAGAGGAUCAACUGAGGCACCCUGGCUCUUUUAAGCAAUGGGUUAAAUACUCAAAACCUUGGA